AUGUAUCUUAACAAGCUGUGGUUUUUCACAGAGUUGACCUGGCUCCUGGCUUCUCCCUCUGCUGGCAGAGAUGACAGGAUUCCAGCACCUGCUUCGUCGGGCUUGAACUCCUCAGCACACCCUGUGGAGCAACUGAUUGUUCACGUAACCAAUGUUAGCCGCAUUAUGGAGGAUUGGAAUGACAUCACACAGACACCUGCUGAUGCUGCCUCCCUGAAGGCUGGACUGCUACACAAUGCCAACAACAAUGCCUCUUCGGGGACCUGGCGAGGCCUGAGGAGCCCUUCCCUGGCUUCCGCUGUCUCCCACUCCAAACUAAGCUACCUGGAGCGUGUGGUGCUGGAGAUUGUGGAAUCAGAACGUAUGUACGUGCGGGAUUUACGAAGCAUUGUAGAGAAUUACUUAGGGAAGAUCAUAGACACCCAAGAGCUGCUCCUGCGGCCAGAACAAGUCAGCGCACUCUUUGGAAACAUUGAGGAUAUCUACGAGUUAAAUAGUGAACUCCUGCAGGACCUGGACAGCUGCCACAAUGACCCUGUUGCCGUUGCAAGGUGUUUUGUGGACAGGGGGGUGGAGCUUUCUAUCCUCACCCCGUUGCAGGAUGCCCCCCAGAUUCACAUCGGAGGCGUCAGCUUGGAUCACAAACAGCUUGCUUUCGUCAGGAUGGUCUCUGUGGCAGCUCUGACCGAAUGCAUGAGGAAUAAACAACUGGCUAAAUUCUUUCGUGAGAGGCAAGAACAAAUCCGUCACUCAUUGCCUCUUGGUUCCUACCUCCUCAAGCCUGUCCAGCGCAUCCUGAAAUAUCACCUUCUUCUCCAGGAAAUAGCAAAGCAUUUUGACUUGGAACAGGAUGGCUAUGAAGUGGUAGAAGAGGCAAUUGACACCAUGACAUGUGUGGCCUGGUACAUCAAUGACAUGAAAAGGAAGCAUGAGCAUGCUGUGCGAUUACAGGAAAUUCAGUCAUUGCUAAUUAACUGGAAAGGCCCAGACUUGACGACGUAUGGGGAGUUAGUCUUGGAGGGCACCUUCCGUGUUCAUCGGGUCAAGAAUGAGAGAACUUUCUUCUUGUUUGACAAAAUCUUGCUGAUAACAAAGAAACGGGGUGAUCACUAUGUAUACAAGAACCACAUUCCAUGCUCUUCCUUGAUGUUGAUCGAGAGCACCCGAGAUUCGCUCUGCUUCACUGUCACCCAUUACAAGCACAGCAAGCAGCAGUACAACAUCCAGGCAAAAUCAGGGGAGGACAAGCGGGUUUGGACUCACCACAUCAAACGUCUAAUCCUGGAAAAUCACCAUGCCAUCAUCCCUCAGAAAGCCAAAGAAGCCAUCUUGGAAAUGGAUUCCUACUAUCCACAUCGCUACAAAUACAGUCCAGAGCGUUUGAAGAAGGCCUGGUCAUACCAACAAACAGAAGACAUUCCCCAGCAAGCCCGGCAGGGGCGUCGGCAAUCAGAACCUUUCCAUGGCAGAAACAGUGCUGAGAAGCUCCUAGAGGGACUCCACAGCUCUGCUUCACAGCGUAGCGGCCGCCGACAAUCUGAGCCAACAAAACAAAUCCUCAAGCAACUGAAUAACAAAGGACUAAAGCAUGCAGGUAGUGAUGGUGCUCUUCUAGAGUUUGGGGAGCCCCCACAGCCCUCCGACAGCUUGCCCCGACAGGAGGAUCAGCAGCGGCAGCAGACCUUUCCCCAGGAAUGUCUGGAAGAGUUGGCUGAAAGUGAUGGCAGCGAGAAGGAGAUGGGGCCCGAGGAAGAGGACGAAGCCGAGGAGGAGGAGGAAGAGGAGGAGGAGGAGGAGGAGGAAGAGAGGCUGGUAGGAACGGAACAGGCGGCAGACUUUGCAAGCUCCUUGAUGGCAGUCCUCCAUUGCUGGCACUAUCGGGCCAACGCUUUGCUUUUCUCUUGGGGCAGCACGGGCAAGGACCGCAAGACACAAGAAGGGCACAAGCAAGGCCAGCCUCCGGGAAGCAGCGAGAAGGCCUGGAUCAUGGAGGCCGCCUCCACAGUUCUGAAGGCUCGACCAGCUGUGGAGCUUGACAGAGUGGCAGAGGGUUCUCCCUGUAAGGAAGAGUGCCCAGAAGAGAAUCCUUCAGACCCUGAGUCAACGAAUCCUCCAGAGCCAGCCUUGGUAGACCAACACGGAGCCCUGCAUCAGCAUUCCGAUGGCCUGGAAGCCACUGAAAACACAGAAAAGCCACUUAGCAGUGAGGAAGAGGAAGAAGGAGAGGAGGAGGAGGAGGAAGAGGAUGGAAGUGCGCCCCCCCCAAGAAGCAUCCUUCCUCUCUCUGUGCUAGAUCAGGCUAGCAUUAUUGCUGAGCGCUUUACUAGCAGCCUCUCUCGCCGAAGCAGCCUGGCUCUAGAGGAGGGGAAGGGCUUCCUGAUCCCCAAGCAGGACAGUCGGCGCGGCAGCGUCCUGAGCCUGGAGGGCAGUGAGAAGGCCACCUGCCACAACAGCGGCAUCUCCGAGUCCCAGAGCUACAGCCUGCCACAGGAGCCCCCGGCUGAGCCCAUCAGUGCCUGCAGCGAGCCAAACUCACUGGGUCCAGUCGAAACCGAUCGCGCUCCCUGUAGGCGGAAGGAGUCCAUGCUGUCUCAGCAGGACCGGCUGCUGUUGGAUAAGAUCAAGAGCUAUUAUGACUAUGCUGAGCAUCAAGAUGCCGGCUUCAGCGUCAGGCGGAGGGAGAGCCUGUCCUAUAUCCCUAAAGGGCUGGUGAGGAACUCUGUCUUCAGGAUCAACAGCCUCCCCCAGCCAGAACCUCCACAGGAAGUGAGGAAGAGAGCAGGAACCUCCGUCGGUCGUGGAGCCUGUCGGACGGCCGCCUGGGUACUCUCAAACAGGCCUGCUGCUGCGCCCCGGGCUGCCUGCUCUGAGCCAGGCCGUGAGGACAACUCUCAGCCUAUCAGUGAAGCAGAAUUCAGGCCACCUGCCGAGAUGAUUAAGAUCUGGGAGGAGAUAGAAAAGUCAAGAAGACACCUGUGGAACGGAAAGGCUGAAGAGGGUGGCAGGUCAGGCAAUAAGGCAAAUGGACAGUGUGCCGAACCUUCCUUGAGGAACAGGCUCAAGAGCCAGGAGAAUGGCUUUGACCUCCACGAGCCACUUCUCAUCCUGGAGGACGAGGCUCUGGGAGCUAUAGCAGAAGAGUCUGCUGCGCCCUCCCCAGAGAACAAGUCUCCUGUGGAACGAGCGGUGCCUUCCAGAGUGCCCUGGAAACCAAUGCCAGAGCUGGGGAGUUACGAGCCAGAGCAGUGUCCCCCUCAGCUGCACCCCCGUAUCAUGCAGCUAGCCCACCUGACAGAAACGGAGCUGACAGAAAAGAUGCAGAACAAGGUGUACCAGCUGGCCCGCCAGUACAGCCUCCGGAUCAAGGACCACAAGCCUGCAAUACACAGGCGGCUUACUGAACUGGAGGAGGAAAUGAAGGGCAAUGCUACGACUGGCCAGCAGGAGGCAGACAAGAAGGGCAGCGGCAAGAGGAAGCCAGCCUUGUCCCUCCUCAAUUAUGAACAAGUUGUGCUGCAGGAAUCGAGUCCGCGCUUACUGCUUUCCUCUUCUUCUUCCUCUUCUCCUCCUCCUCCUCAUGAGAAGUCACCCAAGCGCUUCUCCUUCAGCCCCUGCUCCAGCAGCCCCCGGCUCCCUUCCCCUGCCAGUCCCCUGCCAUCGCAUCGGCCCGGCAGUCCUGCCAGAGCGGAGAAGUUCAGCUGGCCUGACGUGCGGGAGCUGCGGUCCAAGUAUUCCUGCCAGGCAAGGACUGAGAAGUGCUGGCCACUGCCUGUCAGCAGGAGCCGCUCAGCCCCUGAGAAAAUGGUGGACACUAAUAGGAUGCUGGAACACCAGUGCUCAGAGGGCCACUUGAAGAGGGAGACAGGCCAGCCGGGGAGGACCCGGAGCUGCAGGGGGCCGGCGAGGGAGACGUCUGACUUCCUUCCCAAGGCCCAGGCACUCCUCCCUACGCAGGAGCAACUGUGUGUGACGGCUGAAGCCCUGCUGGAGAACAGCCACCCGGUGAUCGUCAUGGAGAAGCUACCGGGUAUUGCUGGUGAGCCCGAUGAGAGCUAUGUGCAGAUCCGCUCCCCUACCUCCCGGGAGAAGAUCUCUCUCAAAGCUGUGGCAGAGCGGUGCAAGGCCUACCAGGACUCCGAGGAGUACCAGAAGCAUCAGGAGAGCAUUCAGGAAGCGGAGAAGACACCUCAGCCACUAUGGAGGGAGAGAACAGACAGCAACCAGCAAAGCCUGGUGAAGAACCUGCGGGGGAAAUUCCAGACCCGCAAUCCCAACAGUUGAGCCAUAAGGGCCCCUCUCGCUCCCGUGCCACUAAAACCUACUCGGAGCUGGGAAGCUGUGGUGUCAGCCUUUGAGGAAAUAAUGAUCAUUCGCACCAGCUUCUUGGAAGGACAGACAGCAGAGUCCCUUUUGCACUGUGGUCCCCACUACAUGGACACCUGACCAUCUAGGAAGCGACAGCCCCCUUCGUCCUGUCUAUGUGUUUUGAGCAUGGUUGCACUUCUUCAUCAACACUGCAGCACCAUAAGCCUGUUUUCAUCUUGCUGCAGGCAGUAUCGUUGGGCGGUUCUGCUGCAAGUCUGAAGGCGCUUCCCCCCUAGAGCAGGCAUAUGCCAUAAGUCAGCUGUUCGUAAGUCCUGCUAAGAAAAAGAUGUAUUCUUGCCUUCAGGACCAAAGCGUGGCUAGGAAGUCUCUACUUUGUCAUGACUGAGCAGGAACAAGUGCUCCUUCUACUGCUCAGGCUCAUAGGAGAAUAAGUUAUUGUUCCAAGGUUUUGUUUUGUUUUAGAAUGUAAUUUUAUUGAGGUUGGGAGUUUUGAUUGGUUCCAGGCCUCCUACUCUGCAAAUAUAUUAUCUAAUAAGGAUUGUGUACACAUUUCAGUCUGUACGCACUGUACAAUAACCACUUUU